CAGUUGUUCGCAGGUCGACAAGAAGUUGUCAAGUUGUCUUGUCGCUGAGUGUGACUGGCAGGCACAGUGUGUUUUCGAAUUGUGAGUUAGUCUCUCGUCGACUGUCUUCGAAGAACUCUCCUGUUGAGAUCCCGCUUAAAGGAGUUUCGUGUGUGUCACAUCAUCAUCAUCUCACAACACGUGUCCUCUCCCUUCUCUCCCUCGGCCACGUGUACAAGUUUAGUGCCCAAUUAACAUCACACUUGGAGUUCGUCUCUCUUAUCAUUCAACUCAAUUGAUACCAUCUCCAUAAGCAUUCGGAGGGCAGAAAGGAAAUAUUUCCCUCUUUUUGUGUGCCGUGACCUUUGUAAUUUAAAUGUCACAACAUUUAUUAUUGAGGGACAACAAAAAAGGACUUGAAUCUCAAAAAUUGUUUUGAGAUUGUAACAAAAAAAAAAAGAAAGGAGAAGAAGAAAACGUGGGGUCUGUUCAGAAAUAAAAGUUUGCAUUCUAUGGCUUUUAUGGGCCAUUAAGUGAAUAUUGUGAUACUGGCAUCUUUAAAAGUGACAGAAGGAAUCAAUCCAGCAUCUCGAUGUUGGAGUGUGCUAAUGUUAUAUAAUAGCAUGCAGUUCGCAUAUCGGUACACGUGGAACAAAGAAAUAAUUGUCAACUCUCAAAAAUUGGUGAAAAGACGUUGAAAGAAUAUCAAUGCAAGGACAAGAUAUACUUUAAUUAUUAUUGUAGAUCUAGCCCACCAUAUUCGAUCGCUAUUAUUUGUGUAUCCUUAUUCUGGAACAUUUUUUAUUCACCAUCAAUCUCGGCAUUACCACUGCUUCUGUGAUUUGCAUUUUAUUAUUGAUCAUCGAAAACAAAUAACAAAAAAAUGAAUAUCAACAUGCCAAGAAUGUCAACUGUCUGUUAUGGUGAGCCUUUUUCAGAUUGGUUAGAGGAAAAGAUCAAUCUCCCGAUAUUCGAAGGACUCCCGGGUCCAGAAUGCGGUCAAAACAAGGCUGUUGUCUAUCCGAAUUUGGAGAAAAUUCACCAUCAGGACACAACACAGAGUCUCCUGCAAGAAUUCGAAUCAGUGAUGGGAGAUGUGGAGGCCUGUCACUAUCAGAUCUCUCAACCAGUCAUUUCAACUUUGACGCCUCCACAAUCACCACCACCACCACAAGCACAGCCAUUAAAACCAGUUAAUGAGGCCCAUUUGCUCAUUACACUCCAACCAAUGCAAAAUGCCUUCAUAUACCCUAGCCAACAGACAAACAACAUCGAUCAACCAUCACACCAACAGCAACAAUCAAUUCCCAUGGAAAAAUCAAUACCCUACAUUGAUCAAAUCUCAGAACAGUGGAAUGCUGAAAAUCUCUCAUUAGAACCACUAGGAGGCGAUGUGGCAAGAGAAUUAGCAGCCGUCGACGAAUAUGUACGCUCAUGCGUCGAAGAUAUGUCACCAUCGAGUCCAUGCACAAGUUCCGGUGCAAGUUGCACAUCAUCGGAGGAAUCUAUCGAUGAUCCCGAUUGGAUCAUGGAGAAUAAUCGUGAUCAUCACACGAGAAAAGCUCCGUCUAGUAUGUCAAAGUCAAGGCGCAAGCCAUACUCGAAAGCUGGCGUUGAAGAUAAGAAAGUGCGCAAGAAGGAACAGAAUAAGAAUGCCGCCACACGCUAUCGGCAAAAGAAGAAGCAAGAAAUUAAAGAGAUCCUCGGCGAAGAACAGGAACUCGUCAAGCAUAAUGAAAAGCUGCAGGAAAAAGUUAAGGAUCUACAACGGGAAAUUGGUUAUUUAAAAGGAUUAAUGAGAGAUCUCUUUAAAGCCAAGGGUUUUAUGAAGUAAUUUUUCAAGAAAAUUGCUCAUUUCGUCAUUUUUUUUUUAAAUAUCUCAUUACUAUCCUCUCUGCUUACCAAUAGAAUUUUAAAUAUUAUUUUUAAUAUCAUUUAUUAAUCAUUGAUAUCAUUGAUUUUAUAGUUGACAAUUUUUCUCCAAUUAUUCAUUUAAGAAAAUUUAUAAAAAGAUUUUCAAAGCGUUUCAAUCUUUUAGCGCUUUAUAUUAUUAUUCCUAUAUCAUUGUCGUGUACUGUUAUAAACUAUUGUUACUUUUGUCUCGUUUUAAGACUAAAACCCAGAAUUACUUCUUCUUGAGCAUUUUUAAAAAAAAAAUUUUAAUAUUUAACAGUUAUUAAAAAUUUUAACCAACAAUAAUAAACAAAAAAAAAACAAGAUUCAAAAAAUCAUGAUUUGGGAACAUUUUUAAAUUUCCUGAAAUUGUAAGAUUUUUUUUUAUCGACAAAAAAUUGAAAAGUCACGAAUUAAGGAGAAGUUCUUCGAGUGUGUUUUUAACUUAAAAACGUUUGUAUCUCCUGCAGAAUAUUAGACAUAAUAUAUUAUAUUGUAUAUUGUUUUUUUUAUAACAUCUUUUUUGAUAACAUUUAAGAUCGAUUUACUGGUGUGUUAAAAUCACAAUAAGUUUGUCUAAAGCGAAUAUGCCCCUAUGAUGCAUUGAUUUUAAUGUGGAAAUUUGCUGUUCGUGGAAACAAUCAAAUGUCAGUUUGCACAUCGUUUUAUUAUGAAUGAUUUCAUUCCGAAUGAUUUUAACCCAAUAUUAUAUCUUCUAUUUUUUCUUAAAUAAAAUUCUGUAUUUAAAACAGAAAUAAAUGGGUUAAGAAGUAGUAAACCGUA